CUACUUGUAGUAUAUUGUGUCAGGUGAGCAGCUCUAGAAGACAGUGAUUUCCAAACUUCUCCAUCCAUCCUCCUCUUUCCUGUUGUCUGUGUGUUCUUACAAUAUUCUUUACUUCUCCACCAUUCUCCUUCUUCUUCAUCUUGACUUCUAUCUUGCCUUACUCACAAAUCACAAUCAUUCAUUUAUCACGUCAAUAAUACUUGUACGCUUUGAAAUUCUCAAAGAUUUCAACUUUAUCCAUUUUGUUCCAUUUCUUUCCCUCUUGAUUUGCUUACAUUAGAGCUGAUACACAGCCUGUACCAAUUCAAUAAUCGAAUCAAUCAAUUAUAUUAUAAAAACCUACUUUCAUAUCAAAAAGUCAAAAUUAUGAUUACCCUGCUUGAUUUUCAGCUUACCUGAUCUGAAACAAGCUGGAAAAAAAAUCGGGUAUUUGGAAAGUUUUUGGAAAUACCCAUUCCCAAAAUCCCAACCAGUUCAAAAUCUAAUCAAUAAGUAUUAAAAAGCCUAUUUUCCUCUCAAAGAGUCAACAUUAUGACUACCCAUAUCAAUUUUUAGCUUACCUGAUCCCCAUUUCUCAAAACCCUAAAGAUUACAUCUUCUUUUUGUAGUUUUUGUGGAUUUGAGUUGAGAUGUCUGUUAUACAGGCUCCAUGUCCAGCAAAUUCAGUUUUAUACAAUAAAACCCUUUGUGCUUGUGCACCUGGGUAUAUGUUCAAUGCUACAAGUAAAAGUUGCAAUCUGUUUAGCAUCUUUCCUUCUGAAUGGGUUUCUAAUACUGGGGUUGAUUAUACUAUUUCAUUUCCAGAAACUAUCUUUUCUUUUGAUCAAAUUAAGAGGUUUACUCAAUCUCAAGCUGUGUUCUUGGAAGCCACAGCAAUCAUGUUGGCUUCUUGGCUGUUAUUCUGUGCUUUUGUGAGAUUUGGCAAGUUGGGAGAUGGAAAAACUAUUUGGUUUCAGAUAAGAUGGUGGAUCAGCCGCCUGGAUAUUUGCUUUGCUACUAGGCAUUGGCUGGAGGAUCAGAAGGUUGUCAGGAAGCGAAAAACUGAACUUGGUGGCGCUUUCUCCAUUGCUAGCUGGAUACUCUUCAUUGGUCUGUUUGCUGCACUUCUGUAUCAAAUCAUAUCCAAAAGAAGCGUGGAGGUGCAUAAUCUCAGGGCGACAAAUGCUCCUGAUUUAGUAGCAUUUCGUAAUGAUAUGGAGUUCAACAUUACAACCGUUUCCACUAUGAGCUGCUCUCAGUUGCGUGGUCCUAGUACUGUUUUUUUGGGCAACCCAGGGACCAUUGACUAUCGUGUAUCGCCUCUUUCCACCUUUGCCAACUAUUCUUGUGUUAAUACUACCCGCGGACCGACAAUAAGUUUCAAGUGCAAUGAUUGCCCUCUUGUAAGGGAUCAUGUGUAUAUCUCGUGGCAAUUUGUUGAUGUUCCGAGUCAACCUGCCAUUGCUGUUGCAUUUGAAUUCAAUCUUACAGCAAGAAACCCUGCACAGAAGAAGCAUGUAAGUGUAGUCAGUGGUAUAGUGAGAAAUGGAACUGAUUUGGAUGAUACACUUUUAACAUUCCGAGGCAAGGAUACAAAUGUAUUGAAGUUCAAUUUAUUUCCCAGAGUAUAUCAGAAUUUACACAAUCUAAAGCUUGUCCAACCUUUGUUCCAUGAGUUUCUGCCGGGUUCCUUUCUUAGGAAUGGCAACGAUCUUCAAGCAUCCCUUCAGAGUUCGAAUAAUGGAUUGAUCAAUACCACUUUGCUCAUCAAUUUUCUCUCCGACUAUGUUGUGGAGAUUGAUAAUCAGAAUAUCUUAGGACCCGUGAGCUUUCUUGCAGAUCUUGGUGGUCUUUACUGCAUAAGUAUUGGAAUUUUCUUCUACCUUUUGGUUCAAUGUGAAUAUAGGGUCAAAAGACUCCGUAAAGAGGAUCAAGUUUUCAGGAAUAUCAGAAAUCGAUGUAAAGCUCAGGAUAAUUGGGACAAGCUAAGAAAAUACGUGAUGUAUACAUGGGGUCCUAAAUCAUUACUUGAAGAAAAUUAUAACAUUGGCAGUGAUGUAUGCUGUAGUUGUGGCAGGGGUUCCAUGACUAGACACGGUGAAUCCUUGCACAAAAGGAGUCGUCGGGAAAGUAGUUUGCGUGCUAUUAGUUUUGACAAGAAAGUUAACUCAACUAAGGGCACAGCGGAAAAACCUUCGUCAGUGGCUGCAAAAAGCUUAAAAGAAGACAAUAUUCCACCUCCACCAUUCUUACCCGCAGAAUCGAAUGGAAGUUCCACAAUUGAUAUGUCUGAUAUUCAAAAGAGCCUUCGAAAUCUAUACGAAUACAACGUGAUGCUAAGAGAUAAACUGGUUGAUACUCAGUCCACGCUUCGUGCUUUGACAGCCAAGAAUCCAUCUUUGGCGUCAGAAAACCAAACGUGAUAUCAAUUUUUGAUGGGUCUGUGGCAGAAGUUAACGAUGUCUCUAGUAGCACGGAGCAGCUCUAAUCGUGUUGUUCAAACGCUUCUGGUUAUCAAGAAGAACUUCAUGGUGCUGUUUUGAAGUCCCAAGGACAGCUGAUUAUGUCGUUAAUCAUGUGGAUUUGUAUAUGUGAAUAUUCAAUAUCGUGUGCAGUCCUAUACUUUUAAGUUCAUUGUUUGUCGGCAUUGCUGAAUACAAGCUUGGAAGCUGCGAUGUUCAUUUGGCGUGAUUCUGAGAUUCCAGUGCUUUCUGCCAAGAAUGUUUUUGUAUGAUCAUCAUUUGUUUAUAUUGAGAGAUACACAAUGGAAACAGGAUACAUAUCAGUGUUAUUUGGGGAGCAGUAAUGCGCCUCGCUAUAUAAUUACAAGGUUAGAGUUGCGUAUUUUUGAAUUUCUCAAUUUCCGCAUAGACAAAAGCUAUUCACGGACGUUGAGGUAACAAAAUGUUGUUUCUUUGUCCAAAACAUAGAAAGCAAAUGAAAAAUAUGCUAUUUAUUGAACUUUAGAUUUAAGAUGUAUUCAAAUCGAAUAUACUUCAAUCAUUUGGAUUUUGGUGUA